AGUUCUCCCUGUCAGCUCGUGCACAUUGCUUUGGAUGGCUGUGUACAACACAGCCAUCCAAAGCAGUGUGAUUACAGUGAAGCACCAACACACAGCACACAGUUAACCCUUUGAUCGCCCCACAUGAUAACCCCUUCUUGCCCAGUGCCAUUAGUACAGUGUCAGUGCUUUUUAUCAGCACUGGGGGUGUCAGUGACACCAAGUCAGUUCCCCCCAGUGUCAGAAUGCCCGCCGCAGUCCAGGUAUAAGUCGCUGAUUGCCACCAUUACUAGUUAAAAAAAAAAGUCCCAGUAUAUAUACCACCAUUUGUAAAUGCUAUUACUUUCAUGUAAACCAAUUCAUUUACACGUAUUGAGAUUCUUUU